UUGUUUCUCCUGUAUAAUCCAAACGAAGCCUUAAUCUUUAUUUUCUUGCAAACGGAGUCUUGCAGGGACAAGGAGGUUAUGAUAAAAACACAGAGUUAGUUCAAGGAAUUUUAUAGUUUUUGAUGUGUCCCCUCCCCAUGGAUAAGCGACAGUGAGGUCGCUUUCGGCCGGCGACGGAACCUAAGUUAUAUAUAUAUGUGUGUGUGUGUGUGUGUGUGGUUAAAUAGAUAGAUUCCUAUCCCUAUAAAAUAUAUAUUUGGAAGUAUAGAAACAUUCCUUGUAUUUUUCAAACAGAACUCUUGAGGAGUCGAUUUCGGAAUCCGAUUUGCCACUGAAAUUCCUCUAUAUUCUCUGUUUGGAAAGCCAGAAUGUUAUGUAGAAUGAUUUCCCGAGAAAAGAAGACCGGGAAAGUCCCCGUUUACCUCAACGUAUACGAUCUCACUCCUAUCAACGGUUAUGCUUACUGGCUCGGCCUCGGUGUCUAUCAUUCCGGUGUACAAGUUCAUGGGGUUGAAUAUGCAUUCGGUGCUCAUGAACAUCCAACGACUGGGAUAUUCGAAGUGGAACCAAAGAAAUGCCCUGGUUUCACAUUCAGAAAAUCGAUCUUGAUAGGAAGAACAGAUAUGGGGCCUAAAGAGGUCCGUGCACUCAUGGAGAAAUUUGCAGAGGAGUACUCGGGAAACACCUACAAUCUUAUCACCAAGAACUGCAACCACUUCUGCAACGGGGCCUGUCUCCAAUUGACUCGGAAACCCAUCCCUAGCUGGGUUAAUCGACUUGCUCGACUUGGUUCUCUCUGCAAUUGUGUUCUUCCAAUGGGGUUGAAUGAGACGAAGAUCCGACAUGUUAAAGUGGAAGAUAGAGUUUAUGAGAAGAAGCUGAGAAGCAAUUCGAAUAGGUUCAUGACUUCUCCCAAUCCUCAACAUUGUCUGUCAUCUCGUCCUUCAGGUUCUACAUUCAGAAAUAGUAGACAACAAAGAUCUGUUCCUCCUCCAUCCACAUCUUUAUUCCAAUGUUCUUUACCCUCAACCAUGAAGCUUUAAUGGCAAUUGGAUAUUGAAACUUGCAUAGGAUUGAUUAUAGAUUGAAAAAAGACAGAACAAUAGAUGGGGCAAAAUCGCAAAUUUUGGUACAAUCUCUCCACCCAAAGGGAAGGUCGAGAGUUCGAGCCACGCUGGUGGCAUUUUAUAGGUGUGGCUGUUUGCUUAUCUGGUUCUGCUCAUCCUUUUUGAAUCAAAGCAGAAACAGAUAUGUGGAAAUUGAUUCCAUGUUUAUGUUUAUGUAAAGUGCUAUGUAUUUGAAAUUUUUGAAUGAACAAUGCAUGUUAUGUUUAUGUAAAGUGUUAUCUAUUUGAAAUUUUUGAAUAAACAAUUAAUGUUCUUCCUUUGUUGAAUUAACAA